AGCGCGCUCUGUAUAUCAGAGAGACGCGGACACGCGCUCUCCUUCACUCACACCUCAGUGCUCACAGCGCGAGCUCACAGCUCUCCUCAGCUCACCAGAGCCCUGACCAUGGCAACGAGGAGCACCAGCAGCUGGACAUGUCUGUACUCCAUCAUGUGGCUUUGGCUUAUCUCCUAUGUUGGCUCAUCUCCACUCUCCUCAGUUGUUCACACAUGGUCAGGAGUUGGGCUCCAGGCUGUCCUGCCCUGUACAUGGAAGUCACAUGUGGACGCUUCAUCCCAGUUACCGUAUAUCCAGUGGGAAACCGUGACCGACACCGUGUUUGAGCGGAUCGGAGAGCGGAGCUUUCAGGGAGAGGCCUUUAGGAAUCGGGUGGAUGUCCCUAAGGAGAUGCUGGAAGAAGGAAACUGCUCACUGUUUUUCACAGACGUCCAGUUCGGUGACGCGGGGAUCUACGAGAGCUAUCUGGUAGUUGGUCAGUCAAGGAUCAAGAAAAGGAUUUUCCUCCAGAGCGUCCAGCUUUUGGUAUUUGAUCAUAAGCUUAGGUGUUCAGUGGAGAGCGGAAAAGACCUGUUCUUGGAAACGUACACAAGCCAUGCUGAGACGCUGGUGUUCGAGAGCAGUGAGGGCCCUGGGUGGAUCGAGCUGUGGCAGCGAAGUAAAGAGAGAAACAAGAACGGUACAUCCCGAGUGGAGGAGGUCGAGGGGAAGCUGGUGGUCAGGAGGAUCAGAGCCAGAGACAGCGGGAUCUACAAGGUGCUGGAUGCCGAUGGGCUGGCACUGAGCACAGUGAGGGUCUCAGUCACAGAUCCUGCCCCAACCAAAGCAACAGAUAUUCUUGAAAAGCAGAGCGCUUUCAGCAGUGCCAGGGUGAACAGUCCUGCUCUCUGUGUCACUGCUUCCCUGCUGCUCUCCACUCUCAUACUGAAUCUCCUCUGAGACAGAGCUGCAGUCUGAGUUGACUGCUAAUGCAGCUCUGCCUGGUCGAGUCACGGUGGGUGGAGCUGAUCGACUGCUGAUGAAAAUCAGAACGAGUGGGUGAGGCAGUGGCUCAGUGGGACGGGGGUCCACACCCUGAACCUCAGGGUUAGUGGUGCCAAUACCAGCUAAGGUACUAGGGGCAGUGAGUAGUAGAGAUUCGCCGAGUCUAAUGUCCCUGACCUUCCUCUGACCACUGCCUUUGUGCUCUUGAGCAAAGCAUGUAACCCUUGUUAGCUCCAGGGGUCCCAAUAUGGACCCCAUCUAAUUGAGCAUGUGGCUGACUAGCAUACUAGCUUUCGUUUGGUCUCUGUGGGUUUUAUUUUGUGAAAAGCUCUAAUUAUAGCGUUUCAUUUAGCAAUAUACCUGCUAGGCCUGCACAGAUGGUCAGGUACUGAUGUUUGGGUGGUGGACGACUCUCAACCUUGCAAUGAUAAUGACUGAAAACUCCAGCAGCACCGCUGUGCCUAAUACACACAAACACCAGCUCAACGUUUGCAUUCUUUAACAAUAAAUUCAUUCAAAUAAGUUCAGACCAGCACUGGGCAUGUGCACGGGUACCUGGGUACUGUGCCAAUGUUUGAAUACUGAAAUCAUCAGGCUGCGUCAUGAAAAACCUGAGAAAUAUACAGGCAAUUCAGAGAAAUGCUAAUUUUUGUGUUAACUAAACUGUAAAGUGUGCUCAUAUUUUUAGUAUAAAAUACUGAACUUGGCUGCUACAACACACGUGCGCAUUAUGAAGGAAACAUUGUUAAAGACGUGACUGAGAAGGCAGAGCUAGCGCAGCUGUAUUGCUAACUACUGUAACUACUAGCUGACGUUAGCUCGGUCCAGAAACAAUGAAAAUACAUUUCUCUGACCAACUAGCAUGCUGACACAUCGUCCACUGAGUAGAAAGACCUAGAAUAUAAGAAAACAAGUCCUCACCAGCGGUUAGGUGUACUGUUAGCAUUAGCUCAUCUGAAUGCUAACUGCUAAGCCUCUGUUACUCAUCCAACAUCACAGCUUACUGAUUUCCCUCAGCUAUUUUGAAACAGUAAAACAUGUUUUGACUGUGAUGUGAUCCAGACGCCCUAAACUUCACAGAUGUACGACUAAAGACUGAGAAAACCUACAAACAAAACCGAGAUUUGAAUAAAACCUUUCGUUUUCCACCCAACUUUCACUGCAGAAAGAGCUUCAGCCUGACGGACAGAAUGAAGCACUACAUGCAGUAAAUGUGGCUUUUUAAGCAAAGAGGCAAAACAACUGGAACCUGUUGGCUAGUUUGGAUAGCAAGUAUGCUAGCUAGCACAAUAGCUUAUUUAGCUGAUGUCAGCUAAUCUAGCUGAAGCUUUAUUAAGUGACAGAUCACAUUAAUUUUAAACUUAAUAAAACUUCAGCUUGAUCAGUUACUCCGCUAGCUAGCUAGCAUACUUGCUGUACAAACUACAACCGUUUCAGGCUGUUGUCCUUUACACACUGCAUUUCCUGUAUGUAGCACUUCAGUUCUGUCCUUCAGACUUUUCCUGUAAUGAAAAGCUCGUUAUUUGAAGCUUGUUGAACAUCACAGGUGUUUUAGUAGAGUUUUACAUUUGUACGAAGCAAAGUCCUGUUGAAAAAGCAGCACAGACCAGUGUGAAUUCCAUGCUAGUCUCAGUUGGCUUGUGCUGGUCUUUUGCUGGUUUAGCUGGUUAACCAGUAUGGUCAUGCUGUGGUUGACAAGCAUACCAACAUCCAAAACACCACACAUGCGGUUUUGCUGGCGACCGGCCGCACCGAUCUGUGCUGGCUUUCCUAGCCGGGGUGGCUGCAGCCGAUAACUAGAUUAAACUACAAUUCUCUGUUAAAGAGACUCAGUUAAGUCUGUAUUCAGGUAUUUAGUCUGUAUUUAGUGUCUAAUUAAACUAUCAGAAGAACUGUUGACAACGUGCUGCACUCAGAGUGAAACCGCAAUAUUUACAUGAAUUUACAUGUAAAUAUUUACACAAUAUCUUACAUGAAUAUAACUUUCAUAACACUUUCACACAGUACCGUGCUACUACCACAUCAGGGUCACUGCAGUGCUGAGAAUGGUCCACCACCCAAACAUUACCAGGUCAACAGCGUUCUUUUCUAUUAAAUACAACUUGUGCAAUAUGGAUUCAAACUCAUCUAAUUAUAUCCAGUUUUCUCUUUGUUAUUAUAUUUCUCAUAAAAAUACUUUACUUUGUUCAUUUAAUUCUGUUUACAUCUUCUUAUUAAUUAUUAUUGCAUGAUUGCUGUUUGAAAUGAUUUUCUGGUGUGUGAAUAAAUAUGGUAUAAAAUAAAAAUGUGUUACUAAAUACUGUCUAAUUACGUGCUCGUCUUGAAUCUUAAAGAAUGCGUCAACAAUCAAUACACGGCUCCUUUAAAA